CUUCCAACCCUGAUUUCUCCUCAGCUCCCUAAGGCAUCAUGGUUACCAUAGCAGCCAGAGGCUGAUGAUGCCUCCAGGGGCAGUAAGGUGAAAUUGAGCCUGCUCCUUGGUCUUUGCUUUCGCAUGUUCUUUGCAGGCUAGAGAGAGAUGGUCUGAAACUCAGCUUCUCUUCUAGUCUACCACCCUAUCUUGGGUCAUUUAGAUCCACAAACCUGCCUCAGCAGCCUCAGUUCAGGGCCCUGAAACACCUCUUCAGAGACUCCUGCCUCCCCAAGCUCUGUCUCUUGGCACCCUGCCUGGUUGCCCUGGAAACAGGUUCCACUGCGGACAAAGGAGGGAGCUGGGUCCUGCUUCUCCUUGGUCCUGUCGAUGAGGAUUUUUAGACCGUGGAGACUGCGCUGCCCAGCCCUGCACCUGCCCUCGCUCCCCUCAUUCUCCUUCAAGUGGAGCUUGCCUUCCCUUGCCCCUGACGACACCAUGUGUAAAAGUGUGACCACAGGUGAAUGGAAGAAAGUCUUCUAUGAGAAGAUGGAGGAAGCAAAGCCAGCAGACAGCUGGGACCUCAUCAUAGAUCCCAACCUCAAGCACAACGUGUUGGCCCCUGGUUGGAAGCAGUAUCUGGAAUUGCACGCCUCAGGCAGGUUCCACUGCUCCUGGUGCUGGCACACUUGGCAAUCGCCCCACGUGGUCAUCCUGUUCCACAUGUACCUGGACCGUGCCCAGCGGGCAGGCUCGGUGCGCAUGCGCGUCUUCAAGCAGCUGUGCUACGAGUGUGGCACGGCGCGGCUGGACGAGUCGAGCAUGCUGGAGGAGAACAUCGAGAGCCUGGUGGACAACCUCAUCACCAGCCUGCGCGAGCAGUGUUAUGGCGAGCGUGGCGGCCAGUACCGCAUCCACGUGGCCAGCCGCCAAGACCACCGGCGGCACCGGGGCGAAUUCUGCGAGGCCUGCCAGGAAGGCAUCGUGCACUGGAAGCCCAGCGAGAAGCUGCUGGAGGAGGAGGCGACCACCUACACCUUUUCCCGGGCUCCCAGCCCCACCAAGCCGCAGGCUGAGGCAGGUUCUGGCUGCAACUUCUGCUCCAUCCCCUGGUGCUUGUUUUGGGCCACGGUCCUGCUGCUGAUCAUCUACCUGCAGUUCUCCUUCCGCAGCUCAGUCUAGGAUUCCCUUGGUGGGUCCGGGGGACUCAUGGGGCCCGAGAGCUGUGGGGGCCAUCCAGCUGGUGGAAGGGGAAGAAGAGAGACCUGGUUGGGAGAGGGAUCAGAUUCUAGCUCUGGCGCUGCCACUGAUUCAAGGGCACCUGGGACAAAACACCCAGUUUUUCUAUUUAAAGUUUUUUCUAUUCUAAAAUU